GUGAUUACUUCUGAGACGAAUCAACGCAUCACAAAGCUUGGGCUGAGAAUGGACAGUCAAACAGCUGGAAGACGUAGUGGACCUGCAGGAUCUGACGAUCUGGUUUACGUGGAGAGAGCAGAGGAUACUGUGAAACAGAAAGGAGUGGUACGUAGACAGUUCCCCGUAAAGCUGGCCUUUUCUUGUACCGUGCAUAAAACUCAAGGCUUAACGACACAUGCAGCUGUAGUUUCCUUGAAGAAGAUCUUUGAAGCAGGCAUGGCUUAUGUGGCUCUAAGCAGGGUGACUUCUCUCAGCGGACUCUAUCUGUUGGACUUGGAUGAGAAGAAAAUCUACGCCAACCCUGAAGUUACUGCAGCCAUCCAGACCAUGAGACAAGCCAGUGUGGAUGACAUGAUGCCUCUUCUUCCUCUGAGAGAAACCGUAAGCAGGCCUGACACUCUGACCGUCGUCCAUCACAACACAGAGGGACUGCCAUCUCACAUCGAUGACAUCAAGAGACAUCAUGAACUGUGUCUGGCCGAUGUACUGUGUCUAACCGAAUCUCACCUGCAGGGCUCCUUUGUUGCAGACACUCUUCAGCUGGAUGGAUUCACCUUGUACAAGCGUAACAGACACGUGUCGUACACAAACCUUCCGCAGAUGGCCAGCAGAUGUGGCGGUGGAGUUGCUGUUUAUGUGCGAAACCACAUUCAGGUGCAUGAGAAACAGUAUUUGCAUAAUGUGACUGAUCUUGAGUUUGUAGUUCUGAAGGUUGAGGCUCCAGUCCAGGCACUGAUCGCAGCGGUGUACAGACCCCCCAGCUACAGUUUGAGGCGCUUCCUGGAAAACAUGCCACAGCAGAUUCUCCAUUCUGGUGUCAUGAGGACAUACUGGAGCUACCAUAACCCCGUGUUCUGCAUCGUUUCCACCAGUGAACCAUGAACAUGUCUGGUGAGUUUUAAAGACGACGUUCAUUUGAAAAACACUUUACUUUGUAUUUUGGUGUACAGAUCAGUGAAAAGUGUGCAAAAAUUUAAUAAAUCAUGAAUACAGAGAAAUCAUGGUACAGAGAAAUUAUGGAAACAGAAAUAAUAGUACAGAAUAUUUAUGGAAACAGAAAUAAUGGUACAGAAUUUUGAUGGAUAGAGAAUUAAUGGUACAGAACUUUUAUGGAUAGAGAAUUAAUGGUAGAAAAUAAUUAUGGAAAUAGAUUUUUGGCCUGUGCAUUUACCUGGGUGGGUUGGGUUUGGGUUGGUAAAUGCACAGGCCAAACAUGGUAAGCCUUCUGGAUGCAGAAGAAUUCCCAUGCAGUGCAGCGGCUGGUUUUGUACAAACCAGCCGCUGCACCUCAUGGUAAGCAGCUGUACUGCAGCAACUGCAGCACAGUUGCUGGUUUUGCAUAUACCAGCAACUGUUUGCAGCAUCCAGAAGGCUUACCAUGCAGUACAGCUGCUGGUUUGUAUACAUCCAGCAGCUGGACUAAAGCUGUUCAAAAUAACUACAUCAACACACCAGAAAGCAUGAGCUUUCUGGUGUAUUGAUAUACCAGCUGAUACCCACAGGGUGCAGGGCAUGGUGGGUUGGGGGUGGGGUGGGCAGUCAAAGGAACCAUCACUGAUUUAUUCAGCUAUUCACAGUUUCACUGCACUAUCUGUGUGUACUUAGAGCUGAAUGGCCAAAUCUUUGACACG